GAAUAACCGUGCAAUUGCGGGAACCGAAACCCGUUGUAGGGCUGGCUGGAUGACGGUCCCUCCACUGUCAUUUGGAAUCCGCAUCUACCAGUUCAUACAUACUUACCUAGGAUUCGAACUAUUAUCGUACCUGAUAUUCGCACUGCACAUUCGAGUGCCGUGCGGAGUAUACCGAGUACAAUAGAAACACAUGCUUGACCGUUGAGCAGCUCAUGCGCUAGAAAAGGUGCUUAUUCCUGACCAGAUCCUACCAUCCAGCCUCGCCUAUCUCAGCUCAUGUCAAAGCACACCGCCUUACGUGUGGUACCGAGACAUCUGUCUACUACAGUACUAGUAUGUUGUGUCUUUCUGGCAGAGGGCAGAACAGAAGAAUGGCAUUCCCAUCAAAGACUUGGACUGCUCAAGGGAUCUGGCAGCCAAGACUGGGGUCGGAACAUUACUAGUAUGACCGGCAGGGUGUCCACCAUAGUCUGACAGCAGCAGCAGUCCGAACCGAUCUGCAGGUGGUCGGGCAGCCUGAGUCCCUGAGUCCCUGAGUCCCUGAGUCCCGGAGUCAGGAGCUACUCGGGCGGCGUGUGCCUGACUCUCACAAACAACCCCGACCCCGACCCCUUUCUCCCGGGUCCUCUCUUCCAUGACCUUCUUCGGUGUUUCUAUGCCAGUGUAUACUGUCGUAUUCCUCGCCAACCCCGAAAAUCCCCACCACCACUAGUACCAUUUUUAUAUACAUAGACAGACAGCACUGGGACAUAGUUGGACACGCACUCUCUCUCUCCCCAAUCGGCCAAGAACCCGGUCAGCCAAACAUCCCUGGGCCCGACUGGCGGACCGUGAUCCCCGAGCCAGUGUCACGAGCAUUGUCGGCGCCCAACUUGGAACCACCCACGGAUAGAUAGAUACUUAAGCACACCCAGACCGGACCACCACCAUGGAGCUGGGCGACCUCCCCCCGCCGGACCCGUCCACCCUGCACCUCCCGCGCGUGCUGAUGCUCCACGGCGGCGGCACCAACUCGCGCAUCUUCCACAUGCAGUGCCGCAGCCUCGACUACCACCUGCGGCCCCACUUCCGCACCGUCUUUGUCGAGGCGCCGCUCCCCUCCACCGCCGGGCCCGACGUCCUCACCGUCUACGCCGAGUGCGGGCCCUUCAAGCGCUGGGUCCUGACCACCGAGCCCAACGCCGUCGAGCGCCAGCCCGCCGAGACCUGGGCCCUCGACGAGCGCGCCAUCGCCGACGCCAUGGACGCCGACGACCGCCGCGGCGCCACCGGGCCCUGGGCCGCCGUCCUGGGCUUCAGCCAGGGCGCCAAGAUGGCCGCCAGCCUGCUGCUGCGCCAGCAGCUCGACCCCCGCGGCCACGCCCUCGGCCGCGUCGGCGGGGCCGCCCGCACCGCCUCCGGGGCCCCCGGCGCCGACUUCCGCUUCGGCGUGCUCAUGGCCGGCAGGGGCCCGCUCCUCCAGCCCGAGCCCGACGUCGCCGACUGGCUCGGCGCCGACGAGAGCUUCGACUAUGCGAGCAAUGCCGCCGCCGGUCGCGUCCUGCGCCUGCCCACCAUCCACGUCCAUGGCAUGCAGGACCCCGGGCUGGGUUUCCACCAGAGGCUGUUGUCCGAGUGGUGCGAGCCCGGCACCACGCAGCUGAUCCAGUGGGAGGGGAACCACAGGCUGCCGUUCAAGACGCCUGAUGUCUCGAAGGUGGUCAACGCCAUGUUGGACCUUGCGCGGAGGGAGGGUGUCUUGUGAUGAAUUUCAGCACUGAUGAGCUGUCAUGUGGAGUUCAAUGUUGGGUCUGGGCUCUACAGAGGUACUUCCAUUUAGUUGCAUGUCGUCAGAUUAUAUACACAUAGAGUUGUCCAGCUGGAGUCAUAGAUUACGAUAUAUAGAUACAUUACAUUUUACCUCUGCCUUUGUGCUUCGC